UCCACGUGUUGGCCUGAUCCGUACGUAAGAGACUGUGUGUAAGAUCAGCGAAAGAGGAACCGUCGUCCAGUAGGGCAAUUUCAGAAUCAUGGAGGAUUCUGCUGUCGAGAUUUUGUCAGCUUCUACGCCGAAGCCACGCAUUGGCAUUGAUGGUGGCGAUGAUAAUAAGAACUGGAGAAGAAGGGUCAAUGGUGUUGAAGUCUCUGUACCUAUUGUGUGUGGAUCGAUCGCUUUUUACCGCGGAAAGAAAGCUAAAGAAUACCGAACACAUAACUGGACUGUCUACGUACGUGGAGCUACAAAUGAGGAUCUCGGUGUGGUCAUAAGGAAGGUCAUCUUCCAUUUGCAUCCAAGUUUCAAGAGCCCUACUAGAGUUGUCGACUCGCCUCCUUUCACAUUGUCUGAGUGUGGCUGGGGAGAGUUCAAAAUCGAUAUCACCAUCUUCUUCCACGCUGAUGCCUGUGAAAGGAAGCUGGAGCUGUCUCACUUGUUGAAGCUGAACCCGGAGAUCUACAGUGGCCCUCAGUCUCCUAAUGUACCUGUUGUCACUGAGUCUUACAAUGAGAUUGUCUUCCCUGACCCUUUUGAGUGUUUCCUCUCCCGUGUGAAUAAUCACCCGGCUGUUCACGUAUCUAAGCUCCCAGAGGGACUCAACCUGCCUCCUCCAGGUGCAUUCUUGUUAUUGUCUCUACUGAAUCACUUGUUAUUGCUGGUGCAUGAUUUUCACUGUAAUGUUGCAGGAGACGCUGAUGAUGAAAGUUACUAUAAGAUGAAGAAAGGAGACACCAAAGAUCAUCCUCUCAGUCAUUGGUUUUUGAAGUUCUCAGACGCAGAUGAGCUUUUCAGACUUACGGACACUCGUCAGAAGGUACAAGCUGAUAUCGCCAAGCUAAAAAGACAGUUGGUAAUGGUAGAUGCGCAACCUGAAUAGUUUUAGUCUUCCUCUGGCUGUGAAUGUUAACAAAAGAGACAAGUUUGCCAGGAAGUUUUGUGUGAUACACUUUGUAUGGGGUGCAAAAAAAAAACAUUUUCUAACGGUUAGGACAUGUAAAGAAAAGACCAUUUUAUGGUCAAACAUGGGUGUAUGAGACGAAGUACAAAUGCAUAUGCUUUAG